GGAUCCCAGUGUCCUGAUGAAAGAGAGAGGAGGAGAGAGAGAGAGAGAGAGAGAGAGAGAGAUUGAGUGAGUAGUCUCAAAGGCAGAACAUGCGUCCCUGUGCACUUGCAGAGACUCAAACGAACCACGAAGAUAUAUCAGACGCCUUCUGAAACCCUCAGAAGUUAGAAAAAUUCUUAAUAAAAUCAUACAUAAGCGGCGAAUGAUGGACGUAGAUCCGCGUCAAUACGAAAAUGCUGCUAUCAAUGACAGUGACAUCCACAACAUUGUCCUAUCAUAUCUUGUGCAUAAUUGUUUUAAAGAGACUGUGGAAUCAUUUAUUUCUUGUACUGGGAUGAAGCAGCCUGCUGAUUAUCAGGAGGACAUGGAGAAAAGAAAACGAAUUUUUCAUUUUGCUUUGGAGGGCAAUGCACUAAAGGCCAUUGAACUGACAGAACAGCUGGCAAAUGAUUUACUAGAGAAAAAUAAGAAUUUGCAUUUUGAUCUUCUUAGCCUUCACUUUGUUAAGCUUGUAUGCUCCAGGAAAUGCACAGAAGCUCUGGAAUUUGCUCAGACAAAGUUGACCCCUUUUGGAAAAGUGCAAAAUUAUGUUGAGAAGCUUGAAGACUUCAUGACUCUGCUAGCUUAUGAGGAGCCAGAAAAAUCCCCAAUGUUUCAUCUGCUAAGCCUGGAAUAUCGGCAGCAAGUUGCAGAUAGUUUGAACAGAGCACUUCUUGCACAUGCCAACCUCCCUAGCUGUUCAGCAAUGGAAAGGCUGAUACAACAGACAACAGUAGUUAGACAAUGCUUAAAUCAAGAGCUUAGCAAGGAUCCUCCUCCACCUUUUUCUUUGAAGGAUUUUCUCAAGAGCUAAGUUUGGCAGGGGGGGCCAUUUGAGGCAUAUUCAGUUUUACUUCACAUCCUACUGCAACAUGAUUUGAUGUGAGGUUUGAUCAUGGCUAUCAAGAAACUAUCAUUGCUUGUGUGUCGGUAGAAGUUCCCGAACAGGCUGUCUGAUGCAUCUGAUUUCUGCAUUUGGUGAGAUAUGCCCCUUUUCUUGAAAAAAGAAAAAAAAGUGAUUUGGUUCAACUCUGAGCAAAUUGGUUGUCUCCAUAGGUGGUUUAGUUGAUCCAUUGUGUGGCUUGUAUAUGUUUGCUUGCUCAAUUUAUGAUGUUAGAAAUUCAGGUAUUUUGUUAUCAUAUGUCAGGUUUUGAUUUGUCAUAACCUAGGAAGUCCAGUUAUUUUAUUUAAAUGAUAGAUUGCUAUUUGCCAUGACUGGUAAAUUUACGAUAUUUCAAUAAUGAAGCAUGCCCACCAUGGAAAUGGCAGAACACCAUUAUCAUA